AAAUAUUAUGUACAUGUAUCCGUCACUUAUUCUCGCUAUCUUUUCUUCCUCAGCAGGGGUUCAGGACACUUAAACAUCUGCAAAGAAGGAGGGUCCGCUGAAGCUACAGACACUCCGAAGAGAAGAAGAGAAGAAAGUCCUGCAGCAGUCAUCGUCACCAUGAAGAUGCUGAUUGUGUCUGCACUUGUUUGUGCCAUGAUGGUUCUGACCAGAGCUGCUGCUCCUCCAGAGGAAACUCCCCAAGAUGAAACAGAGAGUCGCCUGGUCAAGAGGUGGUUCCCGCCAAAACUGUGGUUCAAGCCAAGACCGUGCUUCAAGCCAAGACCGUGUCCCAAGCCAAGACCGUGUCCCAAGCCAAGACCGUGUCCCGUGCUACCAAGGCCGUCCGUGGUUUGUCCCUCGGGCUGGUCUAAGUGCAGUGGUCAUUGUUACCGCUACAUUCCAACAUGUAUGACCUGGACUAGAGCUGAGAAAAACUGUCAGGCCCUGGGUGGAAACCUUGCGUCUGUUCACAACUUCCGGGAGUACCAAACCAUUCAGGAUGUGAUUUUCAGAGCCACUCAUUCGAAAAGACCGACAUGGAUUGGAGGCUCUGAUGCAGUAGAGGACGGUCAAUGGUUCUGGAGUGAUGGCACACCUUUCCACUACCAAAACUGGUGUCAUAGAGAGCCUAAUAACUAUGGCGGCAGGCAGAGUUGUAUACAGAUGAAUUUCUCAGAUCAAAAGUGCUGGGACGACCUCCAAUGCUCCCACAAGUUACCGUCUGUCUGUGUCAGAAACAGAGGAAUACUCCCGGUCUGACACAGAGACAUGAAGAACCCAUUAAAAGCACAAACACUUGUGUUGUGUGCAUGCUUUCAUAUACAUCUUUCUUUACACCCUCAGUCUCACAUGUGAGCUGAGUUUUUCUUUGCUAUUGCUGUAACGCUACUGAAGGAAUGAAGCGACAAGUGACAUAAACAGGAGCUGGACUGUCUCUGAGGCCUUGUGCCUUUAAUGAGAGCAGACUGAGUGUGUUAUGAAAAGAAUGCUUUUAGCACAAAUCUACAUAUAUUCUGCAAAGUUAACUCUUCUUUCUUGUCUUCUGCAAAAUUAAAGGCUCAAGCAUCAAAA